UACUCGACAUAUCGAAAGUCUGCUUGUACGAAUUUCACUACGAGUACAUGUUACCACUGUUUCGCGACAAAUGUAACAUUAUGUACGUAUACCGACACAGACCGUCUUAUAUACCGCGUCGAGUGCGAGGACAUUUACGAGACGAUGAAACGCGAUAUUGCUAGAUUAGACACGAGCGAUUAUCCGACGGAUAAUGCGUACGGUAUGCCUCUCGCGAACAAAAAAGUACCGGGACUAAUGAAGGACGAGAACAACUGUGCAAUAAUAACCGAAUUCGUUGGACUCAGAGCGAAGAUGUACGCGGUGAGGGUGGACGGCAAGAAGGAUACUAAAAAAGCGAAAGGCAUAAAAAGUAACGUCGUAGCGCGAACGAUAUCGUUUGACAAUUACACGCAGUGUUUGAACGAAGAUAUCGAAAUGAUUCGUCGUCAAUCGUGUAUACGAUCUAAACUGCACGAGGUGUACACGAUAUCCGAAUCGAAAAUCGCUCUGAGUCCAUACGACGACAAACGAUACAUCGUACCGGACUCGACGGAGACGUUACCAUGGGGGCAUUGGCGGAUACCAUUGUAA